CUCCUGAGUAUGUUGGUCGAAAUUCUGUUGAUCAUCUGUCCGGCAUACCUCCUGUGGGCUCUGCACAUGCCACUGAGGACGAAGCUUGGCUGUGCGGUCUACUUCAGUCUCCGGUUCCCAACGGUGAUAUUGGCCACCUUCCGGUUGAUCGUGUUGGUCAAGGCGAACAAGAAAGUCGAUCGCACUUUCGACAUGACGAUGCCGACAGUCCUGACACAGCUUGAGAUGCACUUCAUGGUUCUGGCUGCCACGAUACCGAUUCUGCGGAACCCUCUCACAAAGCUCAAUUCUGGCUAUCUCAACACGACAUUAGAGCAGAUGGACCCGGCGGCAAGUGCAGCGUAUGCCUCAUCGAGGUCUGGAAGCAGUGGCAAAGGGCCGUCGAUUGCCUUGUCACAUGUUAUGGCGAGCCGACGACAUGAGGACAGCAUCGUGGAGCAAAGAGCAGGAGAGGGGAUCGAGACAAUCGCCGAGGGUGGGUCGGACACGGUCGAAGAAGGUCAGAGUGUUUUGUCAGAAGGAUCAGACAAGAUCAUGAUCAAGCGGACAGUCAUGAUAGACUAUGCGUGAUGUAUUUGACAAUAAUUGUUGUCAUUGUCAGGCAAGAAAUGUGGACUUUGAUUCUUAUCCUGUGCCAAUGGCAAUCUGAAUGACUGGCAUGUACAAGUGCAUUGUUGACG